UGCGCGUGCGUAGCCCUGGCUUCCAGGUGGCUCCAAACAAACUACAAAGAUGGAUUCUGUCGAACGACGUUACAAGUCUUUCGACUGCUAGGCGGCCAACCGGUUAGCCGACUGUUGUCAUGAAGUUACAAAGCAGAGUGCACCUGUUUCCUGGAAACGCCUCCCAUAUUUGGGCCUGCAGGGAAAGCUGUCAGCUGACGUCACCCCAACCACCCCCCCUUUGAUAGGUUAGCUUCACUUCCUGUUCUCAGGUGAGCCACCCAGGUGAGGCUCGCGGGGCACGUCGCGGGUUGUUGUUUAUUUCGCUUGUUUGGACGUCGAAGCUGUGACAGCAAGAGAGAUCGACCAGCAGGAGAGAGAGACAGAACACCAGAGAGACAGACGGGACCAUGUACGACAAUGUACCUGCAGUGUCUGCAGUGGAGCGUGAGCAGGUGCUGGCGGCUCUGGAGCGGCUGCAGACCAAGCUGGUCCAGAAGGAGGAGUGGGGCCCAAGCCGGUCCCUGGGGGCCCUGAGGGACACCCUGCAGGGGCCCCUGCUGGCCCACAUCCUCACCCUGCAGCACUCAGUCAGACACCUCAGAGACCAGCUCUCUGACUCCAGUGACUUCAGUUUCUCCAGACGGGGUCAGCUCAUUGUGAGCCAGGCUCCGCCCACAGCCUCCUCUCUUCAAGCCCCGCCCCCCCCGGCCUUUGUACCGUCCAAUGGGAACGCUUCGCUCUCUCCGGAGCAGCUCCAGAGAUGGAUCCAAUCGGUGUCCAAGGACCAGGAGCUGGAGGCGGUGGUCCUCUCCAGGCCGGCGGCGGGGGGGCUGGGCUUCAGCGUGGCGGCGCUGCGGUCCGACGGCGCCCCCAGAGGCCUGUUCAUCAAACACAUCCAGCCCGGAGGCCACGCCCACAGGGACGGGCGACUGAGGGAGAUGGACCGGAUCCUGGUGAUCAACGGGAGCCCCCUGGACCCGGCCCUGGACCAGGGGCGGGCCCUCGCCCUUCUCCAGCAGGCCACGCCCACUGUGGAGCUGCUGGUGGCCAGGCCCCGCCCACUUCACGCAUCACCGCCUCAGGCCACGCCCACGUGGGGCCAUGAGGAGGAGGUGCAACUGGUCAACGAUGGUUCUGGUCUGGGCUUCGGGAUCGUGGGCGGGAGCGGCGGCGUGGUGGUGAGGACGCUGGUCCCCAACAGCGCCGCCCACAAGGACGGGCGGCUGCGGACCGGUGACCACAUCCUGCGCAUCGGGGCCACGCCCACCGCCGGGCUGAGCAGCGACCAGGUGGUGCGCGUGCUGCAGGGGUGCGGCAGCACCGUCACCAUGGUGAUCGCCCGGGACCCCCGCUCCCCGGGCCACGCCCCCACACCGGCCCCUCUACCGCCUAGCUCCGCCCCCGUCUCCACCCCUCCAGCCGACCCCCCCGCCCUCCCCAGGCGCAGAGUCAGCAAAACGCCUAACCUGGAGGGCUACGAGGUUCACAACGUGUGCCUGAGCCGUCAGGAGGGCCAGAGUCUGGGGAUCAGCAUCAUCGGGUACAACUCCCUCAGCAGCCAGGACGCGGUGGGGGUGUUUGUGAAGCAUGUGGUCCCUGGCAGCGCGGCAGACCAGAACGGGAACAUCAGAGUCCACGACCGACUCAUCGCGCUGGACGGAGUGAGUCUUCAGGGCUUCACCAACCAGGAGGUGCUGGAGGUGAUGAAGGAGGCGCAGCAGGAGGUGCAGCUCAGCCUGGUCCGCAAGACCAGGACCCUGGAGAGGUCCCUCGACCAGGUCUCUCUGAGGAGGUCUCUGGAGGUCCGGGCGCAGACCUCAGACCUCAGGACCUCCGUCACCAAGGCAACCUCUGGUUCGACCCCUGACCCUUCAAACAACGACAGGACCCCGAGAGACGAUGAGCUGUCAUCAGAACAGGAUGUGAAGUCCAAAUGGGAACAAGCCCUGGGACCCCAGUACCAUGUCAUGAUUGUAGAUUUGGAUCCGGUUAUUGAAGAUGACGCAGAACUUCAGAAGUACUCCAAGCUGCUCCCCGUCCACACGGUCCGUCUCGGGGUGGAGCUGGACUCCUUCGACGGCCACCACUACGUCUCCUCGGUGGCCCCCGGGGGCCCGCUGGAGGGACACGGCCUGGUGCGGCCGGAGGACGAGCUGCUGGAGGUCAACGGAGUCCAGCUCUAUGGAAAGUCUCGGAGGGAGGCGGUGGCCUUCUUGAGGGAGGUCCCUCCCCCCUUCCGCCUGGUCUGCUGCCGACACCAGGACCUGGACCAGGACCUAGAUGACCUGGACCAGGACCUGGACCAUCAACAACCAGGAGCAUGGAGAGCCACUCCUAAUGUGGACGAGAUUGAACUGAAGUUGUCGUCCUUACUUUCCAGUAAUACGGAUUUGAAAGACAAGCAGCAGGACCGCCGGGGCCUCCCUCUCAGCAGGAGACCCCCGGAGGAAGAAGAGGAGGAGGAGGAGGAGGAGGAGGAGGAGGAGGAGGAGGAGGAGGAGGAGGAGGAGGAGGAGGAGGAGGAGGAGGAGGAGCUGGCCCUCUGGUCUCCCACCAUCCAGAUGUUGGAGCUCCAGAAGGAGAGCGAUCGAGGCCUCGGGUUCAGCCUCCUGGACUACCAGGACCCCGUGGACCCCGGCUCCUGUGUGAUGGUGAUCCGCUCGCUGGUCGCCGGCGGGGCGGCCGAGAGUCACGGAGGGUUGUUGCCAGGUGACCAGCUGGUGUCGGUGAACCAGACCGGUCUGGUCCGGCUGAGUCUGGCCCAGGCCGUGGAGGUCCUGAAGGCGGCCCCGCCCGGCUCCGUCCGACUGGGGGUCCGCAAGCCGCUCGUGGCUGCAGAAGCAGAAGCCUUCCAGAUGCCAUCCGAGAAGCCGACAGACCUUCCCAAUCUGGACAGACUGCCUGUUCCCAAGGGGUUCGGUGACGGCUCCAUCCUCCCUGAGGACCUGAGGGAGGCCGCGCCCCAGGAGGAGCUGACCCCUCCUUGCCCCGCCCCCCCCCUCGUGACCUCUGACCACCGGGGAGAGGAGGGGCCGGAGAUGACCGUGGACGAGGUGGCCCCGCCCCCUCACUACGCCAGCCUAUCGGCUGCUCAGAGUUGGGAUGAGGAAGAGGAGCGACAGGACAUGAAGAAUCAGGAGGAAGAGGAGAGCCAGGCUCCAGGCUCUAGAGACAAUGAGGCCGACUCAGAGCUCACCUUGACGGACACCGACACUGAAUCCAGGGGAGAGGUCGAUGCAGGGACGAGGAAGAGGCGGGGCCGUAGAGGAACUGCUCUACCAAUCAGAGGAGGCCAGGGUUACCUACCGGAGAGGGAGGAGGGGGAGGGGGAGGAGACCCCGGCCUUCAGCCACUGGGACCCCCCCAGGAGGGUGGAGGUGUGGCUUGAGCCCGGCCAAUCCCUUGGCAUCAGUAUCGUGGGCGGGCGUCAUGUGAUCAAGCGACUCCGUAAUGGGGAGGAGCUUAAAGGCAUCUUCAUCAAGGAGGUCCUCCCCCACAGCCCGGCCGGCCACACCACCCUGAAGACUGGAGACAAGAUCCUGGAGGUGUGUGGGGUGGACCUGCAGGCCUCCAGCCACCAGGAGGCGGUGGCGGCCAUCAAGGCAGCGGAGAACCCGGUAGUGUUCACCGUGCAGAGCCUGAGCAACACACCAAGGAAAGCAGCAGUAGCCCCGCCCACUUCCAGAUUGCCCCCUCCCUACCGCCCUCCCAGCCAAUCAGAAGGCCGGACGGACCCACCCAGCCAAUCAGAAUGCCGGCCGGACCCAGGGCCGCUGCAGACCGAAGAGGGCGUGCUGCAGCGCUACCAGGCGCUCCCGGGGGAGCUGCUGAGUGUGGAGCUGGAGAAGGAGCCCCAGGGCCUGGGCCUCAGCCUGGCCGGGGCCCGCGACCGCAGCCGGCUCAGCAUCUACGUGGUGGGGCUGACCCCUGGGGGCCCCGCCGCCCGCCACGGGGCCGUCAGGGUGGGGGACCAGCUGCUGGAGAUUAACAGCCAGGUGUUGUAUGGACGCAGUCAUCAGAACGCCUCCGCCAUAAUCAAGAGCUCUGCCCCCAAGGUCAAACUCCUCCUACUGAGGAAUGAGGAUGCUGUCAAUCAAAUGGCUGUCACUCCCUUCCCCAACCCCCCCUCCUCCCUCAACACCAUCUCCCCCGAGGCUGAUUCUCCAGACAGUGUGUCGGCCGCUGCUCCUGACACCCAGGGCCCCCCUACCGUAGAGACCAAGGCUGUAGUUGAGCUCUGUCAGCAGAGCAUCAAGACCAGUGCCAGUACUGGUACUGGUACUGGAGCUCAUGCUGGUAGCCAGACCAGGACCAGUAGCAGCAGUCUGAGGAGUGUGACGGAGAACCAGAACCCCACCAGCAGCAUCAAGUCCUCCACAGUCUCCAGUAAAGAGGCCACAUGUUCUGUCUCCCUUCCACCCCUCACCGAACCUCCUGCUGCCUCAGACCCAGCCUGCAGACCGGUCCUUGCUGGUCAGGAGACGCUCAUCGAGAUCCACAAAGGAAGCUCCGGUCUGGGGCUCAGCGUGGUGGGAGGCCAGGACACCCAGCUGGAUGCCAUCCUGGUCCAUGAGGUGUACGAGGAGGGGGCAGCAGCCCGUGACGGUCGCCUGUGGCCUGGGGACCAGAUCCUACAGGUGAACGGUGUGGACCUGCGCGGGGCGCUCCACCAGGAGGCCAUCGCGGCGCUGCGCCGGACCCCGGGCCGCGUGCGCCUGCUGGUGCUGAGGGACCGGACCCCCCGGGACCCCCUGGACCCCCGGGACCCCCUGGACCCCCUGGUCCGGGACCGGGACCCCCUGAACCUGGAGCUGCUCAGCGUGGAGCUGACCAAGAGGGCCGGCCGCGGCCUGGGCCUCAGCAUCGUGGGCAAGAGGAGUGGGCGGGGCGUGUUCAUCUCGGAGGUGGUGGUGGGCGGGGCCGCAGAGCUGGACGGUAGGCUGAUGCAGGGCGACCAGAUCCUGUCAGUCAACGGGGAGCAGGUUAGACACGCCCACCAGGAGGCCGUCGCAGCCAUGCUCAAGUGUACCAGAGGGUGUGUUCAUCUGGAGGUGGGACGUCUGAAGGCGGCAACAUGGACCCCCUCCAGACAGACGUCCCAGAGUAGCCAGAUGGAUCAAGAUGGAAGCUGCUCAAGUUUUGUGACUCCGCCCCCCCGGGUGGCAAGCCCCGCCCCCUCCCAGGUCCCUGAGGUGACCUCUGACCCUACGGCAAGCAUCACCCCCGGCAACAUCUCGUCUUCCAACAACACCGUGGGACCCCAGGCUGUCCGGACCGUCCAGAUCACGCGGGGCUCCAGGGACAGUCUGGGCGUGUCCAUCGCGGGGGGGCGGGGCAGCCCACUGGGGGACCUCCCCGUCUUCAUCGCUAUGAUCCAAGCUAACGGAGUAGCGGCUAGGAGCCAGCAGCUCAAGGUGGGGGACCGGGUGGUCAGUAUUGACGGCGUUCGUCUCGAUGGUUUUUCUCACUCUGAGGUCGUCGACCUCCUGAAGAGAGACUCUGACACACCCCUCACCCUGGAGGUGGUAGCCGACACUAACAUCGGUGCGGUGACCAGUCAGGUGGAGAAUCUGUCCAACCUACCAGCGGUCCACGCAGAGCCAGAGGCCCCGGGCCCCCUAGCCGUGGCCCUGCUGAAGGGUCCCGAGGGUCUGGGCUUCAGCAUCGUGGGCGGGUUCAGCAGCCCCCACGGGGACCUGCCCAUAUACGUCAAGACCGUCUUCAGCAAGGGGGCGGCUGCCUCGGACGGCCGGCUGCGUCGGGGCGAUCAGAUCCUGAGUGUGAACGGGGAGAGCUUAGAGCGAGCGACGCACGAGCAGGCGGUCGCUCUCUUAAAGAGACAGAGCGGCACAGUGGUCCUGAGGGUCCUGUCCUAACACACACACACACACACACACACACACACACACACACAGGCGAGCCCAUGACCUGCUAUCAUACCUAGCUAGCUAGCGUAGCCUGCUAGCUAGAGUAUCCUGGAGAAAGCUACACUGCCUAGGUAGCUAGCAUAACGCGGAGCUUACUGCACUUCUUAGCUAGCUAUCGUAGCCUGCCGCUUGCUAUAAUGCGUAGCUAGCUAGCUGGAUGCAGGCUUUAGCUUUGCGUUUUGUUUCCUUUGAGCCUUUAGCUUAGUCUAUGGGCAAUGCCAGUCAUCUCAUAUGGCGCAUUUCCACCGGUGGGUGCGCUUCGGCCCAGCACGCCUCGGCCCAGUAGUGAGGGCGCGUUAGCCCAGCUCCGUCACGGCUCGCGUUCCCACCGCCGACAGCGCCCUUAUGGUAGGGCGUUUAAGACGGAUGGCGAUAGCCGCGGCAGAACCGUAAACAUUGUGACAUCAUAGCAGCCCGACACAGUGUAGCUUGCUAAUAAAUCCAAGGAAAAAUAAGAAUGUGCACAAUAAACAAAGAGCAACAAUGUAGGACGUCCGAGAAGGACCUCAAACUUUUGCGCAACAUUUUCUUCAAUAAACGAAGCUUUCGCCGUUGUCCAGAAAUACCUCGCUGGUACUGUGUUUGUUUGUCAUUAUCCCCCUGUCGCACGGAAGUGACGAUUCUGUCGACCAAUCAACGGAUGACGUGUGUAGCUCCAACUUGCCGGCACCCUUUCAGGCGUCUCGGAACGGAGGAGUACUGCAAGACGAGUACGGCUCAGUCCGGAUCACGCCCACUUUUGGCGGUGGAAAUUGCGAACCGUGCCGCACCUUUGCAGACUGAACCGACCCGCACCCUCAGGUGAAACUGCGCCAUUAGUGCUGCCUGUUAGCUCUUAGCAGUAAGCCAGGUAGCAGCCCUUUCUGGCUGCAUGCGUUACCAUGCCAACCAGGCGUCUCCAUGGAGAUCUACCGAUUAACGCCCAGCACGCCUCGGCCCAGCACGCCUCGGCCCAGCACGCCUCGGCCCAGUAGUGAGGGCGCGUUAGCCCAGCUCCGUUACGGCUCGCGUUCCCACCGCCGACAGCGCCCUUAUGGUAGGGCGUUUAAGACGGAUGGCGAUAGCCGCGGCAGCACCGUAAACAUUGUGACAUCAUAGCAGCCCGACACAGUGUAGCUUGCUAAUAAAUCCAAGGAAAAAUAAGAAUGUGCACAAUAAACAAAGAGCAACAAUGUAGGACGUCCGAGAAGGACCUCAAACUUUUGCGCAACAUUUUCUUCAAUAAACGAAGCUUUCGCCGUUGUCCAGAAAUACCUCGCUGGUACUGUGUUUGUUUGUCAUUAUCCCCCUGUCGCACGGAAGUGACGAUUCUGUCGACCAAUCAACGGAUGACGUGUGUAGCUCCAACUUGCCGGCACCCUUUCAGGCGUCUCGGAACGGAGGAGUACUGCAAGACGAGUACGGCUCAGUCCGGAUCACGCCCACUUUUGGCGGUGGAAAUUGCGAACCGUGCCGCACCUUUGCAGACUGAACCGACCCGCACCCUCAGGUGAAACUGCGCCAUUAGUGCUGCCUGUUAGCUCUUAGCAGUAAGCCAGGUAGCAGCCCUUUCUGGCUGCAUGCGUUACCAUGCCAACCAGGCGUCUCCAUGGAGAUCUACCGAUUAACGCCCAUCUCUAAAUAAACGAUUAAUAAGAGACUUAAUGCACAACGCGUCCACAAGGCUUCAGCCGUUACCAUGGGGACGAAAACGAUCAGUCACUGGCUUCAGCCGUUACCAUGGGGACGACAACGAUCAGUCAAUGGAAAAUGAAUAAUGUUGCCAAUGUUUAUGUUUUCUUUUUAUUGUUAAUAUUGAUAGCAAUAUCCUCUCUCUCUCUCUGUCUGUCUCUCCCUCUCUCUCCUGAUGAUGUCGUCUAGCGUGUCUUGCGUGUAACAGAAUAACCUCUGACCUCAGGGGGAAGGAUUGAGUCUGUGUGUCUAGCUGUGAGACAGACACCUGUUUUUCUGUCUGUCUGUCUGUCUGUUUCUUCCAUGAGCUGCUAAAGCUCUGCUAGUGUUUUAUUAAAGUCUGAGAUAAGCACAAA